AUAGCAUACACAGAGAUGAUGAUGAUGGUGAUGAUGAUGGACACUUUGUGCUGAAGCUUUUCACUGAAACAACAGGACAUUUGUUUUUGUCUGGCCGUCUCUUUGAUUGUGGACAACUUGUCUGAGGCACCGUGAGGAGCAGAGCGGCGUGAAGUUUGUUGUCUUAGGCUCAGGACUCACCACACCAACAGUCAGUAGACGACAAAGAACAAGGACGAAUCGUGACACAACCUGAGUUGGCACAUGUUGGAGGCAAAAGUUGCACUCAGGCACACAGCUUGGACGACAGCCGGCAAGCAUCUACAAUUUGUGCUUGUGUGGGAAGAAAUUAUUUUCAGUUAUUAUAAGAUGAUCACUGCUGACCUCCAAAUCUGAAUUCCCCCCAGCCGGAGUGAGUGAGGACAGACAAAGUCAAUCAUCUGAUGAGAAGCUGCAGCUCAGGAAGAGGCUGCCAUGGAGAAAAAGGAGAGCUCAGCCACAGGCAGCUGGCCCCUCGACAACAGCCACAUCUCCUCUGCAGUAAAGAACUCCUGUCAUCCUAAUCUGAAGACGUUCCUGGCAGCCUUGUCCUUUGCCUCCUUUGCCCAGGCUUUAUCUGGCAGCUACAUGAAGAGCACGAUCACACAACUGGAAAGGCGGUUUGACAUCUCCAGUUACCUGAUCGGCAUCAUAGAUGGGAGCUUUGAAGUGGGGAAUUUGCUGGUGAUUGCCUUUGUGAGCUAUUUUGGUGCCAAACUUCACCGCCCCAAGAUCAUAUCAGUCGGAUGUAUCUUAAUGUCUUUCGGGACCUUCUUGAUGGCCAUGCCACAUUUCAUCAGUGGCCGCUAUAAGAUCGAAACAGCCAUUCGAUCAUCAGUGAAUUCAACCAAUAACCUCUCUCCAUGUCCAGUGAGUUCCGCUGAGUCCAGUAGUGUGGGGGACAGACCCUCUCUACUGCCACCUAAUGGUUGUGUGCGAGAGUCUAGUGUUUCCAUGUUGGCCUACAUGUUUUUGGGAAAUGUUCUGCGAGGGAUUGGAGAGACUCCGAUACAACCUUUGGGAAUCUCCUACAUUGAUGAUUAUGCAGAGUCCAAGAAUGCUGCUCUCUACAUUGGUUGUGUCCAAACGAUAUCAAUCAUCGGCCCUGUCUUUGGAUACUUGCUGGGUUCACUUUGUGCCAAAAUUUACGUUGACAUCGGUUACAUGGACAUGGAGACUGUGACCAUUACUCCCAGUGACGCCCGCUGGGUGGGCGCAUGGUGGCUGGGUUACAUCAUCGCUGGCAUCAUCACUCUCAUGACUGCUGUUCCCUUCUGGUUCCUGCCCAAAUCGCUGCCAAUGCCUGUGGACAAACACGACGCCAGCUGCACGCCAGAGCAAAGCAGGUUCCUCAAAGAUUCCCCAAACAUGAAGCACAAGUUCAGACCUGAGGAGCCGCCUAAUUUACAUCAAAUGGCCAAGGAGUUUGUGCCUACAUUGAAGAGUCUCCUUGGAAGUCCCGUGUACAUCGUCUACUUGUGUGUGACCAUCAUUCAGUUCAACUCUCUCAUUGGCAUGGUCACAUACAAACCCAAGUACAUCGAGCAACACUAUGGCCAGUCGGCAUCAAAAGCCAAUUUUCUUAUGGGCAUGAUCAACAUCCCAGCUGUGGCCCUCGGGAUGUUCUCCGGAGGUGUUGUUAUGAAGAAGUUCAGGUUGGGUGUCAUGGGAGCAGCUAAAUUUGCUUUUGGGACCUCCCUGCUGGGAUAUCUCCUGUCACUCUUUUUCUUAGCCAUGGGCUGCGAGAACCCUAAAGUGGCCGGCGUCACAGUCUCAUACACUGGAGUGGAGGGCACAUCUUAUCAGGAAAAAUCUCUCUUCUCCGACUGCAAUUCUCAGUGCUCGUGCUCAGGCAGGGAGUGGGAUCCCGUGUGUGGAGAGAAUGGGAUCACGUACGCGUCCCCGUGCUUGGCAGGAUGCACCUCCUCCUCUGGCUCUGCAAAAAACAUGGUGUUUGACAACUGCAGGUGUUUGGCACUGACUAUGAUCCAUUCAGGCAAUAUGACGGUCACUCUGGGUCAGUGCCCACGCAAAGACGACUGUGAAAAAAUCUUUCCAUACUUCCUGGCUCUGUCUGUCCUCAGCUCCUUCAUUAUUUCUCUUGGGGGGACACCUGGCUUUGUGCUGCUUAUCAGGUUCAUUAAACCUGAGCUUAAAUCUCUUGCACUUGGAAUCCACACACUGGCCACUCGUAUGCUCGCUGGAAUACCUGCCCCCAUAUACUUUGGAGCCAUAAUCGAUACCACCUGCCUCAAAUGGGGAUACAAACUGUGCGGAGGAAGAGGAGCGUGUAGAAUAUAUAAUACCUCAGCUUACAGGACAGUGUACCUGGGCCUGACACUGGUCUUGAGGACAGUCUCCUUCUUCUUUUGUGUUCUGGGAUUUGCUCUGCUCAAAAGACAUAUUAAGAGGAAGGAGAAAAAUGCUCUCAUCAGUGCGAAUGCGGAGAUGGCAUCACUAAGGAAAGAGGAGAACGGCUCCAUACACUGUGAGCAGGUAAUACUGUCCACAGACUGCAGUUCUGACUCAGAAACUCACUUGUGAGACUCGGCUCCGUGUAGCACUUAAUAGCAACACACACUAUUUACACAUUUGUUAAUACAAAUCGUGUGUAUUUGACAAGGAGUCCUAUUAAGACAUAUCUGAGAAAAAGACGUUUUUUUAUACCUACAAAUGUAUUUGAUCCAUGUAAAAGUUGUGUUUUUCAAAAACGUAAGACUUUUGAAGAAAAUAUGAAUGUAAUAGCGCUUCAUUUUCUAUGUCCUUUAUUAUUACUAUUGUGGUAACCCAUGCUGGUUUGCAGCAAGAGUCUCGGAGUGUCAGUGGGUUAAGCUUGUUGAGGAGGUUUAGAUAUUGACCUGGGUUCAGUUAUGUCUGCAGAUCACGCUGGUAUUUGCAGAAGCAGCAGAUUUUGUGAUGCACUUCUAACACUCACACACACACACACACACAGUGGUGUUACACUGACAUCACACCUCAUAUUUAAGUGUUUUAUGUGUUGUUGUUUUUUAGGUUAAAUAAAUUACUUUUGUGAAGUAAUUGAAACCACUGUGCUCUCACCCUUCUUUGUCAUAAACAAGAGCCAGGUUAAGGCAUUAAGCUUGAUUUGAUUAAUUUCAGGUUUAGAAUGCAUUUAAUAGACAUACAAAUAUUUUGCACAUCUGUUGUCAGUUAUUCCAGUGGCACACCCACUGGAAUAACUGCAUUUGGCUGCACUGAUGCAAAGUAGGUGUUUCAGCCUGUGGUGAGAUGAGGUGAACAACCAGAUCAAAGAGGAAACAAAGGACAGCUGCAACUAUCGUGUCCGCCUCCAGAGUUAAAACCGUCAAAUACAGCGUUCCCACCAUGGCAUCGCUGUUUCGAUAUUUUGUGGCUUCAACACAAUGAGUUACUAAGAAUAAAGGAACAGAUGUGCAGCCUUCAAAAAGCUCAAAAAGUGUAUUCAACAUCUGCAGCAUCAGUUUACAAACAUAAGCACAUCUGUAACUGACUGCAAUGUGUAUAAUAAACUGUGUGUAGUCUUAUUA